AACUGACAAGCAUGAAUCAUUAAUCCACCUGUUGGUUUGUGUUUUGCCAGGCUGUAAACAAGAUCAAAGAAAUUGCUGUUUCAGUGAAGAAGGAAGAUAAAGACGAGCAGAGGAGCCUACUGGAGAAGUGUGCAGCCACAGCCCUGAGCUCUAAGCUGAUCUCCCAGAGCAAGGAGUUUUUUUCCAAGAUGGUCGUGGAUGCUGUCAUGAUGUUGGAUGACUUGCUGCAGCUCAAAAUGAUUGGAAUAAAGAAGGUGCAAGGAGGUGCUCUGGAAGAUUCACAGCUUGUGGCUGGAGUUGCCUUUAAGAAGACAUUCUCUUAUGCUGGGUUUGAAAUGCAGCCCAAGAAAUAUCAGUCUCCCAAGAUUGCCUUGCUGAAUGUGGAGCUGGAGCUCAAGGCUGAGAAGGACAACGCUGAAGUCCGAGUAAACACAGUGGAGGAUUACCAGGCCAUCGUGGAUGCUGAAUGGAACAUCCUGUAUGACAAACUAGACAAAAUCCAUAAGUCUGGAGCUAAAGUUGUCCUGUCCAAGCUGCCCAUUGGUGAUGUGGCCACCCAGUACUUUGCAGAUAGAGACAUGUUUUGUGCUGGCCGUGUCCCAGAGGAGGAUCUCAAGAGAACUAUGAUGGCCUGCGGCGGUUCCAUUCAGACUAGUGUGAAUGCCCUGUCAGAUGAUGUGCUGGGCCACUGUGAACUCUUUGAGGAGGCUCAGAUUGGAGGAGACAGGUAUAACUUCUUCACGGGCUGCCCAAAGGCAAAGACUUGCACGAUAAUCCUGCGUGGAGGUGCAGAGCAGUUCAUGGAAGAGACAGAACGGUCCCUGCACGAUGCCAUCAUGAUAGUCAGGAGAGCUAUCAAGAACGACUCUGUUGUCGCUGGUGGCGGUGCCAUAGAGAUGGAGCUCUCCAAAUACCUCCGUGACUAUUCCAGGACCAUUCCAGGCAAGCAGCAGCUGCUGAUAGGUGCUUAUGCUAAAGCCCUUGAGAUCAUUCCCCGCCAGCUUUGUGACAACGCUGGCUUUGAUGCCACCAACAUACUGAACAAGCUGCGAGCCAAACAUGCACAGGGAGGCAUGUGGUACGGUGUGGAUGUGAACAACGAGGACAUCGCCGAUAACUUUGAGGCCUGUGUGUGGGAGCCGGCCAUUGUGCGCAUCAAUGCGCUGACGGCCGCCUCCGAGGCCGCCUGUCUUAUUGUGUCAGUAGAUGAAACCAUCAAGAACCCUCGCUCCACAGUGGAUGCCCCACCUGGUGGUCGGGGCCGGGGUCGGGGCAGACCCCACAACCACUGAGACCCCUCUUCGUGGCACUGUCCUGACAGGGCUUGGCGCUCACCUCCAACGUGCAAAUUGGGAAAGAGUUGGUUCCUAGUUCUAAUUAAGAGGCCGUUUACCAGAUGGUCAUUUUGAGGGCUUGCAGGCAACCGCUGGCCUUUUUUAAUUAGAGUCAAAUCUUGGCGUUGGCAGCGGCAUCCUCCUGUGAGGUGUCGUGGCCCAGCCCUUCCUGCACAGCACUGAUGCCUUUAGGCUCACCUCGUGCUGAGCAAAGCCCUCUCCAACGCUGGUGGGUGUGCCUGGGGUUGGUUGAUAUUUGUAUGUCUUUCUGCUGGGGGUUUUGAACCCAGGUUCAAACACAAUAAAACAAUGGCAGAGUUUUGGUGGCCA